AUGUUCCCGCAGGCUAUAGUAGAAGGCAAAGUCAUCUUCAGAGAGAGUCUAAAUGUCAGGGAGGUCUUCAAACACUUUUUUUUUUCCUCCUGGAGCCUUACUGAAGAGGGGUCUUUGGAAGUGCUACGUCUUGGAAUUGAUACAGUCGAGGUGAGGCUUAAUGUAAAGCAGUUGACAUGAAAUUUAAUUGGAAAGAAAUGUUUAAAAAACCAAGGAAGAGGGUCGUGGAGGAGGAAAUGAAAUUACUAAUGCAUUCUCAGGUGCAGCAUUCACUCAGCCCCAGUUACUGAUUUGUCAUUUCCACUCCCGUCCACAUGGUGUCACUCUUGAGCUGUGCGUUUCGAAUCCGCUGCCAGCUGUCAGCCUCUCAGCAAUUCCAUCGGUUAAGUUGCAAAAACUGUUAUUCCUCUAAAUCUAACAAAGACUUCAAUCAAUCAUCUCAAACUCUGCGAAAGAAGUUAAUUUUUCUGCACGCCGACGGAAGAGGUUUGUAUUUUCAACAAAAAGUAUUUUGUACAGUUUUGCAGCCGAACUUUGCAUUGCCUGGAACCACACUUCCUGUAUAAUGAGGAGAUUCAUACGCGAGUAUUUCAUCUGUGGAAAGUCAUGAAUAUCUAAAGUCGUCUUAGUUUUGCAUUUACAAGGCGUUAAUUUAUCUUAUUCUAAUUUUCCUCCUUUUUUUUUUAGACUGAAGUCGAAGUGCAGCAUGCUUUACACUGGCAUGUACCGUUCUGCAGUGGAUUGGCCUUCCUUCUUCGUCUUUGGCUGGCAGGGAACCUUCCUGUUGUGAUCCGACUUCUCUCCUUUGAUCAAAGAACAGUGUUAAAGCACUGGGAGAAGGAGGAGGUAUGAAAUAUGAAUGAAUACAGCUGUGUUUUGAUGGAUAUGUCUCAAAGUAUCCCAGUAAGAGACUGCUAAAGGCCAGGAAAUCUGUUUGUGUUGUGGAAAUAGGCUCCUUCCUCGCUCGUUUCUGUAGCGGCUUCAUCUUGGGUAGCUUUUCACUUCAUAUUUUAGAGCGCCUUUGUUAGGAGAGAGAUCAACCCCUCAUCCGUGCAUGUGUAGGAAACUGUUCUAAGAGGGCCCUAGUUCAUAAUAUAUAUCAUUAAUGACACCAUUUCCUUUGUUUGGUCUUGAAACCACCUUUUGAACAAAAACGAGCGGCUGCCACAAGACGAGGAUAUUUAUUAUUUUUCUGGGGUAGACCCAAAGUUCUCACAGAUGGAAUGAGAUCUUAUAUGAGGUGAUGGAGGCUUUGUCACUAGUUAUGUCUGCGAUUCCACUUCCUUUUGCUCAAACCCCACCGGGGGGCUGUGACUCAUUUUGAAGAUGGAAGUUGAUACUGUGGUGUAAAACUCGCGUUCCCAUCUGAAUUGGGAAACUAUCAGAGCUCAAACAAAUCUGAGAUUUUCAGAGAGUUAGAUGAACUCAUCUCUCACGUUCCACUUCUUUAAUAAACACAGAUAAUAAAAAGAGGGAGAUGCUCAUAAAAACACAAUUAUUAGGAGGGAUUGUAAAAUGAAAAUUGGCGCCUAUAGAUGUCUUUUAAACGCACCGCGGCUCCUCUGUCUUAUUAACAAUCAUUAAAAGACCCUGUGCAGUCAUUUAGGGCUAUAUUAACUAAGAUAGAGCCUCUGGACCUGUGGCAGGACAGUGUCUCUGGACUAUACUGCAGGUUCAAAACUUUCUGCCCGGGCUUUAUUAGCCUCACUAAUAGCUGGGUUCCCCAAAUGCCAGGGUCCACCUCUGCUGGGAGGACAGGGUCUCAGAUCCUGUCAGAGAGGGGUCGCAUUAACCAACUGUAAUCUUUAGGGUACUCCACUCCCGCUGACCUACAUCUAACGCCGGUUCCAUCCCUUCCGCUUACCCCCGACCGCUAUUCUUUCCCUCCCCAAUCUGGUCUACCCAUCCCACUCCAGUUAUGCCACCCUCGGCUCUCCCUCCCACGUCUAACCACCCUUGUGUGAUAGCAUCCCCCCCACCCAGACCCGCCCCACGCCUGUUCCAGCCCGGUCCGGCUGGCCACAGCGAGGAGCACGACUUAUCCUGUGGUAACGGCAAUUAGCAGCGUAAAGCAAGCUGUGGAGAAGACCGGAUCCCUGUCCACGUUUCAACCCCAGAUCAUGAGUCUCCAGCACAACUUCAAGGCAAAGCAUGCAAUUAGCUACAAUAAUGAUAAUGUGUUGUAG